AUGGCUUCUUCUCAAGAACAAGAACCACAAGGAUCAUCUACAUCACUAGACCAACCUCCAUUGUGGGACUUUGUGACUAAACUCGAUAAACUUGCUGGAGCAGGAGGAUGUUGGAAGUUCAAGUGUAACCUUUGCAGUGAAACCCGAAAAGGAUCAUAUACUAGAGUUAGAGCACAAUUGCUUGGCAUAAAAGGUUAUGGGAUUUCUAUUUGCAAGAAAGCAACAACAACUGACAAACUGAACAUGACAAAAUUAGAAGACGCGUAUGAAAAGAAGAAAAUCGAGUCACAAGUGAAAGAAGUCCAAUUGCCAUGUGAAGCUGGUGUGGGAUUUAAGAAAAGAAAAGGUAUUUCAACACCUAUUGAAAGAGCUUUUGGUGUUGAAAUUAGGGAGCAAAUGGAUCAAAAAAUAGCUAGAAUGUUUUAUACCGGAGGUUUACCUUUUAAUCUUGCAAGAAAUCCACACUAUGUCAGGGCUUUUCAGUUUACUGCUAACAACAAAAUUGAUGGUUAUGUACCUCCUGGUUAUAAUAAGCUAAGAACAACAUUACUACAAAAAGAAAAAGAUAAUUUUCACAAGCUAUUGGAGCCACUUAGGUCUACAUGGAAAAAAAAGGAAGUCAUCAAUGAAAUUGGUCACGAAAAUGUUGUACAAAUCAUUACUGACAAUGCAGCAAAUUGUAAGGCAACUGGAGAGAUUAUAGAGAGUCAGUUUCCUCACAUCUAUUGGACACCAUGUGUUGCUCAUACGCUUAAUCUUUCUUUGAAGAACAUUUGUUCACCAAGGAAUGUGGAAACAAAUGAACUAACAUAUGAACAGUGUCGCUGGAUAAAAGAAGUUCACGAAGAGGCGUUUACAAUAAAAAAUUUCAUCAUGAACCAUAACAUGAGACUCUCGAUUUUCACCAAGUUUACUCUUCUUAGGCUGCUUUCUGUUGCUGACACUCGCUUUUCCUCCAUCAUUGUGAUGCUUAAGAGAUUGAAACUUAUCAAAAUGGGUCUUCAAGCUAUGGUCAUAAGCGAAGAAUGGUCUUCUUAUAGAUUAGAUUACACUGAGAAAGCAAACUCUGCGAAAGAAUAUAUUUUGAAUGAUGAUUGGUGGGACAAAGUAGCAUAUAUUCUUAGUUUCACUGGACCUAUAUAUGAGAUGAUUAGAGCUUGUGACACCGACAAGCCAUGUUUACACUUGGUGUAUGAGAUGUGGGAUUCUAUGAUUGAGAAAGUGAAGAUUGAGAUCUACAAGAAAGAAAAACGUCUGACAUCUCAAAUAAGUUGCUUUUAUGACGUUGUGCAUCGUAUUUUAAUGGCUCGAUGGGCGAAGAAUAACACUCCCCUACAUUGUUUAGCUCACUCUUUACAUCCAAGGUUGUUUCCUAAUGGUGAUGAGUAUAGCAGAGUCCUUGAUGAGUAUGCAAUGUUUUCAAUGAAGAGUGGUCCUUUUGAAGAUUUAACAAGCAUUUCAAAGAUGGCUACAAUGGAACCCAAGAAUUGGUGGGUUAACUUUGGUGCUCAAACUCCUUUUCUCCAAACUUUGGCUUUUAGAUUACUUGGACAACCUAGUUCUUCUUCUUGUGCUGAACGUAAUUGCAGUACUUAUGCAUUUAUUCACUCGCUUAAAAGGAACAAGUUGACUACAAGUCGUGCUCAAGACUUGGUUUACAUCCACAAUAAUCUCCGACUUUUGUCAAGGACUCCGAAAGAUGAUGUAAAGAUGUGGGAUGUGGGUGCAGAUGCUUUUGAUUCAAUGGAAGAUGUCAGCCAAACACCGUGUGCUGCUGUUACUGCUUGUGUGGCUCCAUCUGACCAGCUCCCUCCGACCACCUGUCACCGUUCACCGCCACUCCCUUUGAGUUCACGUUGGCAUAAAACAAAUGAACAAGGCAGUGGAACUACAAUUGCACGCCGUCACCACCCGCUGCCACAGUGA